CGUGUAACCGGGUUGCGCCAUCCGUCAUAUCUAAAGAACAAAACAAGCUUCACCCCUGGCAAAGAGCUGCGACAGGCGCGUUUGCAACAGGUCGUUGUCCAGUGAUGCAGGUGGACAGCAAAGGGUCCGAGUCUUUUUUCACAGAAAGGACAAAACGAUGACAUGUGAUCACCUCAGCCGACUGUUGGUACUUCUAAUCCUCACCACGGGGUCAGCUUCCAUCGUUCAGGGCGCACGAGGUUUCGAUAAGAAGGCCUCCAUGCUUCUGAAAGAGGAACGAAAAGACCCCAAGUGCUUCGCUGAAAGCAAGAAGGACUUAACGUGCUUCUGGGAGGAAGAUGAGGAGAGGGCUGGUUCUGUGGACCAAUAUUCUUUCACAUACACCUACCAAAAUGAAAACAACAGCACGUGCCCACUGAGAGCCGUCCCUGCAGCAGGCGGGAAAAGGCUGUUCGUCUGCCAUCUGAACCAAACGAAGAUGUUCGCCCUGAUGGAUAUCCAGGUUCAUCGGGAGGGAAUCCUCAUCCACAAUCGCAGUUUUCUCAUUGAGCUUGUCUUUCUUCUGGACCCUCCUGCGAAUGUGAGGGUGAACACCACGGGUCAGCAAGGCCAGCUGAAUGUUAGCUGGGUGCCACCACCUCUCAAGUACAUGGUUGACAGUAUGAUAUAUGAGGUUAUCUACGCUCCAGCAGACAGCCACGUUGAGCGAGUGGAGGUGGCGCAGGCAAGCUCCGAAUUGAUUCUGAGAGGUCUUCGGCCCAGUACAAAGUACAGGGUGCAAGUCCGUGUUAAGCUGGAUGGGAUCACCUAUGAUGGCUAUUGGAGUGCCUGGAGUGACCCAGUGUUCAUGGAAACUUUACCUGCAGAACUUGACCCACUCAUCGUGUCCCUGACUCUCAUCAUCUCUUUCAUCAUCUUUCUGUUGUUUGUAAUCAUACUUCUGUCCCACCAAAGGUACCUUAUAAAGAAGAUUUGGCCGGCCAUUCCAACUGCUGACAGCAAAUUCCAAGGUCUUUUUACUAUUUAUGGUGGAGACUUCAAGGAGUGGUUAGGACAGACCAGUGGAGGCUUGUGGUUGACUCCAGCUUUCAUCUACUCUGAAGAAUACCCUUCUCCCUUGGAAGUUCUUUCAGAACUCAGCCUUUGUCCCGCUCUGACUUCCCCACCUCUUCCACCGAAGACCUCUAAAGCCUUGACUGCUAUCAGAGGUGAGGACGAGGAUAUGAGGAAAGGGGUGGCUGAGGGAGAGGCCUUGGACAGGGGUGAUCCAGUUCUGACAGAUGUGUGUAGUGGCUUACCACACAACCACUGGCUGAUGGAUCGAUUACGGGCGUUCCAACAGCAUCCCAUUCCCUGCUCCAAGUCUUCCCUGCUUGAAUCUCAGGAUACCUACGUAACCCUUAGUGGUAACAACUACAGUGAUGAUCAAAUGGAUGAUACUCUCGAGGAGGCCUCACCCCUUGAGGUCUUCUUUGCCUCUAAAAAGACAGCAUUAUGUGAGUCUCAUUCUGAUCUGGGAUCCGUGCAGCAAAGUUCUGGGUCUGGUCGUCUUUCGUCCCAAUCCAGCUUUGAGUAUCCAAACCUUGCCAGUACAUCAAAAGACUCUGGGUAUACCUACAUGGCAGUGGCUGACUCUGGGGUCUCUAUGAAUUACAGCCCAAUGAGCAGAGUCGAUGACAUUGGAAAAGUGGUUAUCUAUGCCAACGAAUACAAAAAUGAGAUCCCUGCUCAUAGAAGACCCUUCCUGGCAAGGCAGUUCUCUGUCCAUGAUGAUCACUACUGAGCCUGGGCAAGACUUUAAGCAGAUGAGGUGAAGAAUAGAAUAAUAGCUUUGGAUCUCCACCCAGGCUACACAGCCUCUCAACUACUGUCAAAAAGAGCCGAGGAGCUGACUGAUACCAUUGUGUAAGCUGAAGGACUCAGAGAGAAGGGUCCACUGGAUGUAUCUGUACAGGACACUAAAAGUACACAUUUACACAACAUACUGCAGUUUUGAAGCCUGCAUUCUGAUUCAUAAAUAUUGUAUCUUUCCAAUUUCAUGAGUUUUCAAGUUAAUGGAACAACCCUUUUGGGUGUUUCAACAGUGAUGCAUUCAUAUUUUGAGCUGAAUGUGCUCGUUAAUCUGCUUUCACUGACAAACUGGCUGAGGUUAAAAUAUAAAGCAGACAUUCUGAAAUGUAAGACUGGUUAAUGGUACAAACAAAUGUCCUGUCCCUGUUUCUGAUUGUUUCCUAUUGUCAACAAAUUUCAAAAUACAACCACAACCAAAUCGUGUGCACGGCUAUCUAAGCUGUAGCAUGUUUAGCUAAGUAUUACUGUUAGCAUGCUAACAUGCUUGAAGUAACAAUGCUAAUGUUUGUCAUGCUCUAUUAGGCCUAUGUACAAUUUUACUAAUUAUGUUAGCAUGCUAACAUUUGGUUCAAGCUACUAACAAGAUCCAAGGGUGCACAUAAUAAUCUUUUCGAUACAUAAAGUACUGAGCAAAUAUUUUUUAUGUAAUAACGCCAGAAAAAAUAAAAUAAAAUUUUAAAUUAGUAUAGCUGAAGGGUAAUGUAUGUCUUCAUAGAGGCCGAACAAUUUAUCCAGUCACUACUGAGCUAAGUGUGCUCUCAUUUUUAGCACGUGUCAAAAUUACUUUGAGAUUACAAUACAGCAGACUUCCUGAAAUGUAAGACUGUUAGUGGAACAAACAAAUGCUCUGUUCAUGUUCCUAUUUUCUUAUAGUAAACAAAUUCCUUUGCAAAGCUGAAAACCAGCUAAUUUAUCACAAAUAUUGUCUGUAUAAAAAAAAAAAGAACUGAAAUUAUACACCCGGCUAUGCUAGCUGUAAUGUUUUUAGCUAACUUCGGCAUCCUAACA